GUUGUUGUUGCUGCUCCGUUGGAUACCGGGGUGACUACUAACGUGAGUUUGUCUGACUGUAUACAGGGUUCGUUGUGGCAGCCAUGAUGUCAGACUCCUCACUUCUCAACUCGGAGCUGGAGUUACAGCAACAAGAGGAGCUGUACCAGCAGCUGCUCCUACAGACGAUGGGACAGAUGCAGGCUGAAAAUCCAGAUUCCAAAGUCAUCCGACCACAACCCGGCAUGUGUGUGAAGACGUCCUCAGAACCGGACAAGCAGAAGGUCUUCAUCAACAUCUGUCAGUCCAACUCAGUCCCGCCUCCGCCAGAACUCUCCAGAGACGAGCUCGUGGAGCUGCUCCAGUCAGAAGAUCCCAGCGGCUACAGAGUUCCAAUGAGCCUCGGGGAGCCUCACACAGAAGUAGACAACAACUCUCAAGGCUGCACCGCCUACGAUGUCGUCAUCAACCAGGAGUUCUUCCAGAGGUGUCAGAAGGAUCCCUUAUUCCAGCAGUUUGUCAUCCUGGUGUCUGUGGAGGGUUUGGAGAACAAAUACAACCUGGAGCUGAACCGAGACUGGAAGGUGCUGAAGAACAGAAAGUUCCUGGGGUCCGUCAGCGAGCAAAACAUCCGGACGAAGAGCAGGCCGGUGAUCCAGGAGCUGCAGCCUCAGGACAACUCUGCCGCGACGCCCAGAAGACCAGAGUUCACGCUGCUGGUGGAGCCCUCUGCUGGUGAUCCAGAGUACCUCAUUGCAGAAAUAAAGCUUCCUGGAGUGCCGUCGUCCCGCUCUCUGGUUCUGGACGUUGGAGAGGACCGACUGGUGCUGAUGGCUCGGCCCUCGUUGUUCCACCUCGACAUCUUCCACCCGUUUCUCAUCGACCAGGAGAACAGCGUGGCGCAGUACAACAGCAGCACGCAGAUUCUCACAGUCACUAUGCCCGUGGUGUCCUCAUGAAACUACAGAAGAAAUGUGCAGUUAUUUAUUUUUUCUUUAUAAAAAAAAGAUGCUAUGAUAAUAAACUUUUUUUUUUUUUUUAAUAUAAA